UUCAAGUCCUUCCUUCAGGCAAAGAGCAAAUUGCCCUAGCCUCCCCCAAUGAAAGCAAACACUAGCCUCCACCAAUAGUUGUCCCCGUCUGUCGGAGUGAGAGACUGCUGCCGCCGUCUGUCGCAUUCAAGAACUUCCGUCUUCGUUCUCUCGGGCCUCUCGCCGGAUCCUCCACGUCGGGUGCUCGCAUCUCGCCGUUCUCCUCUGUGCUCGGCUGCUCGCGCCUCCCUUCGCCAGUGAGUGCUCGAGCUGUGCGUGUAGGUUGCUGCUCGUUGUCCGUGGUUGUCUCUGCUCGAUUCUGCCUUCCAGUCUCACUCGAGUCUCGUCUCAGUCACUGGCAUCUCGUGGUUCGUCUGUCUCGUCGCCGGCGGCAGAAGCAACUCGUGGGGGUGUCUCUUGCUUCGUCGCCUUCCGUGGGGUGGUCGCCGACUCGCCGUCAACCGUUGUUCAGCUUCACCAAUCACCAUUCUCAUCGUUCAUCAAGGUUCAGACUUCAGAGAGAAGGAGAGAACGCCAUCACCCAUCACGAUCUCACCGGCGCACACGGCCACACGGCAGUGAGCUCCGUCGCGCAGUGAGCUCCGUCACCACUCGAGUCGGCGUUGCUGUAUGUCUCCCACUCUCCCACUCUCCGUCACCAUUCGACUCGGCGUUGAAGCCUGAAGGUUCCUUUCGAGCUUUGAGAGAAAGCCUUCGAGUUCCAGCAUAUGUCCCAUGUUAUUGAUUUAGAGCAAGGAAAUCAUGAAGAUGAUGCUAUUGUUUGAGGUCUUGGGAGUGCUGUUGAUGAUGGUAGUAUAUUUCUCUUAUGCGGAAGACAGUGGUUCAAGCCACUCUCAUUUCUAAUGUUUUCUACUUCAUUCCUUAACUGCAAAAUUUGGUUUCUGAUGCUUUUUAAUGCUAAAUUUGAUUGAUUCUGUGGAUAUUUAGACACCCUUUUAUUUAUGAUUCAUGGAAUUGAGAAUUGGAUUGUUUGGUAUUGCUCUAUCUAUAUACUUGUUCUGUCUUGGUGUCGAGUCGCACAAAUAUUCUCAAUUACUUACAGCUGUGGUUUCCUUCUUGAAUGGAAUUUUAUUUUUCUAAAAGAAAUCAUAGAGGAUUAGGAUUGUAGAUUUUUUAAUUGAGUGGUGAAUGUAAAGCUGAAGAUGAUGAUGACAAAAGUGCUUGGAAACAUAUAUUUUAAGAGAGUUUAAAAAAAUUUUUGAGUUUGUAAAUUGAUAAGAUCAUAUAGUUUUAGUGUGUUUAAUUGUUUAUGUAUAUUUUAUUUAUUAUUUCAUUAUAAAACGGUUUUUUCGGUUCAACCACGGUCGAACCGGUUGAACCUGAAAACCAGUGAACCAGUAGUCAGAACGGUUCGAUGACCGGUUCGGUUUUCAGAACUUUGAUCAAAAUAUUCAACCUGUUGUCGAGUGGCAAUUAGCCUCCCUCGAUUCACUCUCCCGCCUCCUCCCCCCUCUUCGGCCCUCUCUCUCACAAACCGACAAGCGGCCACUUCUGACUCCGUCGGCGCUGUCCCGGUAGUCAUGCAGAUGCAAAUUUUCCAGUGUACACGAAUCCGUGUUUGGCGCUUUGUAGAUGAACUCUUAAGUCUCUCAAUUCUCGUAUUGAAAAUGGGAAGCUUAUUAUGAUAAAAUGAUGUCCCUUUUUGGGUGCUGGUGAAUUAUGGUUGCGAGAUUAUCAACUAAGGUAUUGAACAUUUGCAUAGCAUCAAUGUGCAAAGCCAAGCAAGUAGUGAAAGCUGAAGCUGUGAUCAUUGACGGCAUAAGAUUGGGCGUGCUCCCUGAUGUGGUCACAUACAACACUCUAAUAGAUGCGUAUUGUCGUUUUGAUUGCGUCGACACAGGCUAUUCUGUUCUAAGUCGAAUGAGGGAGGCAGGGAUACCCCCUGAUGUUAUUUCUUACAAUUCUUUGAUCUCUGGGGCUGCCAGGAAAUGCUUGUUGUCGAGUGCCUUGGACCUGUUCGACGAAAUGCUUCGAGCAGAUAUACACCCUGAUGCUUGGAGCUAUAACAUUUUGAUUAAUUGUUUGUUCAAGCUUGGGAAACCAGAUGAGGCGAAUCGUAUUUUUAUGGAGAUGGCGCUUAGUGAGCUGCAUCCUUGUUCGGCUACAUAUAACAUCAUGAUUAAUGGGCUGUGUAAGAAUGGAUAUGUUAACAAUGCUAUUAUGUUGUUCAGGAACUUGCAACGGCACGGAUUCAUUCCUGAGGUGUUGACAUACAAUACACUUAUUAAUGGACUAAGCAAGGCUCGACGAACGGGGACAGCUAGGAGGAUUCUUAGGGAGUUUAAGGAAGCAGGUUAUGAACCUAACUGUAUUACCUACACAACGGUUAUGAAGUGUUGCUUCCAGUGUAGGCAGUUUGACGAAGCAUUAGAGAUCUUGCAUGAGAUGAGGAGUAAAGGGUACACUUUCGAUGGCUAUGCAUACUGCACAGUGAUUGCUGCGCUGAUAAAGAUCGGGCGGAUUGAAGAGGCAGAUGAAAUCGUCAGGCUGAUGCAUCAUAGUGGUAUUCAACCAGAUUUAGUGUCUUAUAAUACAUUGAUAAAUCUUUACUGCAGACAAGGAAGAUUAGAUGAUGCCAUGAAGUUACUUGGCGACAUAGAGAAAGAAGGUCUGGAAUGCGAUCAAUAUACACACACGAUUAUAAUUAAUGGAUUGUGCAAUGCAGGCAACUUUUUAGGUGCAAAACAGCAUUUGAUUUAUAUGAACUCACUGGGGUUUGGUUACAAUUUGGUUGCGCAUAAUUGUAUUCUGCAUGGAUUGGGUAAAGCAGGUCAUAUUGAUCACGCAAUGAAAUGGUUCGAAUCGAUGGAAGUUAAAGACUCUUUCACGUAUACCAUCAUAGUGCACAACCUUUGUAGGGCUAGAAGGUUCCUUUGUGCCUCCAAGAUCAUGGUUUUGUCUCUAAAUUCUGGGUUUCGGAUCUUAAGGGCUACUCAGAGAGCUGUUAUUGAUGGUCUUUGUAGUAUAGGGUAUACAAAUGAAGCCAGGAAACUCAAGCUUAAACUACGAGUGAUUCGACUAUUACAUGAUUAAAUCGCACUUGAUGUUUGAGUCUUCAGAUAUUACAAUACUUUGCUGACACAAACAAAAGAAUAAAGCUCUGAAUCAUGAGCCCCAUUCUUGAUCCAUAUAUGUCAUUCUGAGCCUCUGAGGGAUACAAUUAUCAUUUUUGCUGGGUUUUUUUUUUUGGUAAUUGUAAUUUACUAAUUUAUUUGAUUGAGUAGGCUAACUGCAGUGUCUCCUCAUUGUUGCUUCAAAUUGUUUAAUUAUGUACAUCAAUUAAAUAAAACUUUAUAAAAACCAAUUUAAUUUUCAUGUAGUGAAAAAAUAUCUACUACAACUUCA